AUGAAGCUGUCCAGAGUGACGACCAGCGGUCCCAGUCUGACCGAUGAGGGACAGCCUACAGCGCCCCGCGCGGGGUCAGCGACAACCACCGCUGCCGCGGAGGCCCUGGCCGCAGCAGCCGCCGCGGCUGCAGCCGCAACCACCGCCGCCGCAGAGGCGGACUACGCGCCCAGCAGCGGGGGUGGAGGCGGUGCUGGCAGCCAGAGCCGUUUCCUUGACGCGCGGCGUGAGAAAAAUCGUUUGGCCGCCAAGCGGUGCCGUGACCGCAAGCAGGCGCAUCUGGUUGCGCUGGAGGCUGAGUUGACUAAGCAGCAAAACGCAAACGACGCGCUUUCCCGGCAUGUGGUGACGCUUGUCGGGAUUUACCAACGGGAGCGCAAGCACAAGCGCGCAGCUACUGCGCUCCUACAGGCCCUCGCGGGUGCCCUACUCAUCAGCGAUGUGGCAUCCUCGCUCGCUGUCAGCGGCACUGCCAACGGCAGCGCUGCCAGACCGCCGCCGCCGCCGCACACACCCCUCAGCAAAAUACCUCUUCUUUGUGGCGGCACCAAGACCCUCUCCGAGGUGCUUGGAGAGCUGGAGGCGGGUCUGGUUCGAACCGAGGACGUGGAGGGCUAUGUCCGGGAUCUGCGCUCGCUGCGGCUACAGGUAGUGGUGCCGGCUGUCGUGGAGCCAUUCCGGCAGGAUACGGAUCUGUGCUGA